UCGCUGCUCCUUUAAAGCAAUGGCGACAUACGGAGCUAAUUGAAGAGGUGUAAUGGAAGCGAAAUAAUUGUUAACGAAGCGACGAUGGAAUAGUCAAUUAUCCAGGAAUUUUGUCAUUUUUCUUUUGAAGUAACAAACAUUAUGCCGAAAAAGACAAAGAAAGGAGGAAAGGGGAAAGGAAAGGGAAAAGGGAAGAAAGGAAAGAAGGCAGCAAAGGAUGCAAAGAAGUUCUCUGAUGGAGCCUUAGAAAAAGCUAAUACUAAACUCUGGGAGUCUAGGCUGGUAGCUACAGAAAAUGCAAGGCAAGAGUUCCGUGAAGAGGCCAAGAGGCUGGCGCUGCAGAAUGAGUCCCUACAGAAAAACAUGCAGAUCUCUGAAAGGGAUACCAUUGAAGUCAUAACCUAUCUGAAGAAAGAAGAUCAAACAAAGGAGGAUUUGAUUUCAAAGUUACAGAAGCAGUUGAAAGACACACGAAGAGAAUCAAGGAAAGAGAAACAACAAAUUAUCGAGGACUUCACUGAAAGAUUUCAUCAGUUAGAGCAGGCUCUUACAGAUAAAACUGAAGAAGUUAAGAUGAUGCAGAGUGAGCUCAAGCUUGUUAAAGAAUUCAGAAGAAAGAGGGGACAAAUGCAGAAAGAACUAGAUGAGAUCAAAGAAGAGAUGUUCCUAACAAACAAGGAGCAUCAACAGCAGUUACAGAGGAUGGAGCAUAAAUUCUUUGAGGAGAAGAUUCGUCUUCAGCAGGAGGCUAGUCAGAAGAUUGCUGAGCUUGCUGAGAGAGCUCACACCGAGGCUAUAAGCAACCUUGAUGAAACCACACGUUCAGUUUACAAGGAAAACGUUCGUUUGACUGAAGCACUGAACUACCAUGUGAAGGAAGCUGAUGAAUUGAGAGCAGAGAAAGAAAAGUUAUUAAAGGAGAACAGUCAGAUCAAGGGAGAUAGAGAGCUUCAAGAUCAACUCAUACAAGAGAAAGUUAUUAGUAGCAAGAAACAGAAGAAACAAAUCAAUGAGCUUCAGGAGAAAGUUCAGAGCUUAGAGACUUCAUUGAGCCAUGUUGUAAAAGAGUUUGAGAGAGAGCAGAAAUCUAGUCAGCAGUUGGCUGGCAUAGAGGCAGAAUCUAGUAAGGUUGAAAUAGCUAAACUCAUGAGAACAGUUGAUAUGCAGACAAAGGAGAUGAAUAAAGUCAAGAAGUUAGCCAAGACAAUUCUUGAUCAGAGAACUGAAAUGGAGCAGUUUUUCCUGGACUCCCUUGAGAUGGUGAAGAAAGAGAUUGUAGCAAACCAAGCCAAGUAUCUACGUGAUGCAGCAGCAGCAUAUCAGAAGAGAAUGAUAGAAGCUCACUCUGGAAAGAAAGACUAUCCACGUAUCAGGACAUUCAAUCAAACAGAUAAUAGCACCAAUAGUGUCUUUUCAGAUCUCAAAGCUGCAGAGACAUGGUCUGGAUUAGGAACCAAGUUAGACAUCAGUGAGCUAACAUGGGAGCAGAGAGAACGGAUUCUAAGGUUACUCUUUGCUAAGAUGAAUGGAGCCAAGACUGGUCAGAAGCCAGUCCUAGACCUGAAACCAUCACCAUCACAAAAGAGACCACAAGUAUCUGUUCCAAACAAGAACAUGACCGCUCUUGCCAUUGAAGCCCCUCCAGAGAGUGAUGAUAAAGAUCAGACGUUCCUCACUCAAGCUGAGGUAGACCCGUCCACACAGCUACCAGCUGUUCAUCAGUCUACAUCCAUAGUAGCAAUGUGAACAGUGCCUCUACCAUUCACCGAGAGCAGAAUUUGCCCUCUUUGAAUUUAACCUUACAUAGUCAUACAUACUGGAAAACCAGGCUUUUUGAUAUCCCUUCGAGUCAGUCAGUGAUAUGAGCAUUGCCUCUUAAUGAUUUUGCAAACCUUGAACUUCAAAAUGAAAGUACGAUUCCAUCCUAUUUAUGUUGUAAAGGGUAAAUGAACGGGUAUGAUGGUAAUAUCGCAUGUGUUCAUACGACUUUGUAGAUGAUCUCCACUUCAUUUUGUGAAUAGUGCCUUUGAUGUUCUAUCUGUGAUAGGAUCUAGUACGCAAUUAUCCGAGUAUCAGUGCUUUCCAUUUUCAUAACUGAAAGAUAUUCCAGUUAAGUUUUCAUUCAAAUGACUGUUCUGUCUAUAAGAAUAUCUAACUGGCAAAUAAAGAUUCUUCCUUACCUUUUGUGUCUAUUGAAUAAAUUUAAAAAUGCAAUGCGAUGUUUACUACAGUCCUCUGUCAUUCUGAAUUAUAUACAUAAUCCUAUAUAUAUAGAUGUGUUCAGUAACUAUUCAAAUUUGAGUAUGAUUGAGUAGGCCUAUAUUUAUAUCUUUUUCAUGUACGUUUGCAAUCUCUAAGAACAAACAGCUUUUUUAUCAUUAGCUAGUAAUAUUUAAAAGAUUCAGGAAAAAUAGAUUGAUGUAUCAAAAAAUAAAACAGUCAACUUGUUCUUUAUGUUGAAUAUGCAAUAGUGAAAUGUGGUAAAUGAUAUUGUGAUUUUCCUCAAGCUAAUAAUGGUGUUCAUGAAAAUAUGUAUUGAUAUCUUUUCAAAGUGAUUUUCUUUUUCAUCAAUGAGAUGGGUAUUAAUCUAAUUAAAUUUUCUGUGUAAAUGUCAAGUUUCAUAAUUUGGGUUUUCAGAUACCUGUAUGCCACUGCACUCUACAUGACCAGUCUGCAAUUAAAAUUUCGAACAAAUUGUAAUUACUGUCAAAGUUUGAAAAAGUAGAAACUUUGUAUUUAAGGUUCAAAACAAGCAGGAAUACUGAAAUGAAAGUUUUGUUAAUAAGGUUUUGAGUAUUCAAAUUGGCUUAAUUUUAAACAGAUUCAAAGUCUGCUAUAAUAAUGUCAAUAUGAUUCACAACUGUCUUUUUGUUUGCAAUAGGCCAGAGAUUUGUAUAACCUUUGAGAACUUCAGGCAGUAGAACUUUGGUUGAAUGCUCAUAAAAUUGAAUCAUUCAUUUUUCCAAAACUUGAUCGCAGACAGAUUUUGGAAAACAUUUCAGCCUUAACAAGAUAGAAAUAAUAUACUCUUUUUGUAUUGUGCAUUUAUUUUUUAUGAGCCUAUGAACGGAAGAGCGUCCAGAAGGCUUUGACCUUAGCAACUAAAGCUCUUCAGGCAUUCAUAGAAUUGUACCAUGCUUUUUAAAAACACUUUUCUCAUCUAUUAAUUCAAGUUGAUCUCAAAUUAUAAUUGAUCUCAUAAUUGAUAUCAAUCUCAAUUUGAAUUCAGAGUCGAUCACAUCUCUUGGUAAGAUGUACAUAGCUCAUACAUAUCUACUUAUGUCUGUCCACAUGCAGCAAGAAAUAUUAGUUAUUUAUUUAUGAUACAAUGGAAAGCACGAUUGAAAUUGAAGUUCAUUUUUAGGACAACCAUAGUGGUUGGUUGUACCCCCUAUGCUAUGAUAUGAUAAUGCUAUCAUACAAGCAAACUGGUUACUUACUGAAACUUUGGAUGGUUUUGUUGUAUUCAGAUAAUUUGCCAAACAAGUAUAAAUGUAAAGGGAUUUUUCUUCCAAAGUCAAGGAACAAACCUAACCUUUGCAAUAAGAUGUAGCUGCCUUUGUGCAGGACAUGUUGUAGAACAAGUGAAAUUAAAUAGUUUUCUUUUAAAAUGAAAUUUAAUUGAUUUUUACACCUGUUAAUUUAAUCGUGGCAUCUUCUACUAUAUCCAUUAAAAGGGGCAUUUCAUAUCUGGGUAUAAUUUACAUAACCCCAUAGUGAGUAAAUAUCUGGUGGAAUCAAAUCUUAUUUGAAAACCAUCUUUACCUAGCUUUUACCUAUAUCUGAAGAACAAGCCUU